GCGAGUGCGAAUCAGUUGAAAAAGGUCCUUCGUGCGGGUCGGUUAGUGUAACGGUGUUAUAACGCUCCCACUGGGAAAAGCUGGCUUGGCCCAAAAGUAAACAACAACAAUAAUUAAAUAACAUUUGACCAACGCUCCAGUGCGCUCCCUCUAUAUACCUACAUAUAAUAACUGACUGGGGAAUCGGAAUAUUUCGUUGGGAAAUUAGAAAUAGAAAAUAUUAAUCUAUAUAAACAAGAGACCGGCAUGCCCACUAUUGGGGGGCAAAGAUAACCCGCCGAUAACGCGGUUCGUGGUUCAGUGGCAAUUUGCAUUGAUGAACUGUGCGCGCCGCCCGCCGUGCAUAGCAAAAACCAAUCCGCAAUCCGCAUCCGCCAUCCGCAUCCCCGGAGCGUGGUGGGGUUCAUCGAUAAUCAGAAGAACCCCAGGACCUCCAGACCAGAGCCUCCUCCUGCCUCCCGAUUAUCCUUUGAUGUCUGAGUGAGUGCCAGAGUGUGUCUCAGUGUGCAACCAAAGUGUGAAAAAGCGCAAAAUAAAUAUUAAAAGCAAAACGUGCGUGGAUUAGAAAGCAUAAGACCGGCAAGGGGAGAGCAGAAACCACAACAACUACAUAAUACCGCCAGCUGGUUUGGUGCUGAAAGUGCUGAAAGGGCACAGACGUAUUCGCUAUAAGACACUGCCGCCAGCAGACGGCGUCUGGCGCCGGAACUGUCUAGCGGCAGCAGCAGCAGCAGCAGCAUCAGCAUCAGCAGCAGAUAUUGCGACUGUAGCGGCAACAAACAGACAUGGCCAGCAAAAGGAUCCGGCCAGAGGGAGGCGAAGGACGAAGGAUGAGCAACGCCAGCCGACCGGGAGCCUUGCAUACGGCAUUCAAUAUGCUGGCGUUGAGCUGGAUUAUAAUCUCAGAGUUAUUGCUCAGUGUCCACUGCCUGAAGGAUCUGAAGAUAUUUGUGCCGGAGGCCGUCCUCAUGGGAAAUGCAGCGACAUUGUCUUGUCAAUACGAUUUGGAGCAGGCGGCGCUCUACGCGGUACGCUGGUACUUCGGACAGGAAGAGUUCUACCGCUACGUUCCCCGCGAGGCCAAGCCCACAUUUGUCUUCGCCGUCGCCGGCAUUAAUGUUGAUCUCUCCAAUUCGGAUGCCACGUCGGUGACGCUGAAGGGUGUCACCCGGGAGCUGAGCGGCACCUAUCAGUGCGAGGUCUCCGAGGACGCACCGCUCUUCCACACCGAGAUUCGGUCCGCACACAUGCAGGUGGUUGAGAUGCCCAAAGACGAUCCGGUGAUGCAGGUGGACAAGAAGGUGAUUGGCGCGAACGACAAUCUCAAGGCCGUGUGCACGUUGGGGCCAUCGUAUCCGCCGGCCAACAUUUCCUGGACCGUCAACGGACGCGUGAUUUACCCGACGCCGCAACAGCGCAUCACGCACGACGCCUACGAGGGCUCCACCACGUACUCCUCGCUGGAGCUCUACCCGCACAGCCAGGUGCUCCUGGACUUCUUCGAGGGCAAGUACCAGCGCAGUGUGACCCUGAAGUGCACGGUGACCAUUACGGGCAUGUACCACAAGGAUGUCCAGCAGCGGAUCGGGCUGAAUAUGGCACCGCCGACGACCAUAUCGCCGAAUCUGCUGGGACUCGAGGGAUCCAAGCGGUAUGCCAACGGGGAUCCCGACAAUUCGGCGCUAACUGGCGCCUCGCAGCGCUGCUGCAUUUGCUGCGGAGCUUUUGGCGCCAUUUCGCUGGCCAUUUUCACAAUGGCAAUGGCGCAACUGUGACCGCAGCGGACAGCUUAAAAACCUUAAUGGAAAACGCAAAACGCAGCCGGACAAGUCACCUCCAAGGAAGGAAUAAUUAAAAAAUAACAAAACGUGUGUGCUUAAUUGCAAAUAAAACAACCCAAAAUGCAAAAAUCAAAAGCAAAAAAAGAAGAAAAAAAAUGUAAUGGGUGAGGGGAAAAAAUGUUGACGACAGCGACCCUGCCUAGUAGCAUGUCCUUGUAUUUUAUAUUUUUAUACCCGUUACUCGUAGAGUAAAAGGGUAUACUAGAUUCGUCGGAAAGUAUGUAACAGGCAGAAGGAAGCGUUUCCGACCCCAUAAAGUAUAUAUAUUCUUGAUCAGGA